CGUCUACAUUGUGCUUUUACCUCUCGGUGCAACAACAUCGAAAAAUAAAUAAGCUUCACUAAUAUUAAACGCAAAUUAACAAUAUUAAAAAAAAGUUUUACAAUAGUCGAUGAAAGAAUUGUGGCGUAAAGAUUACGUUAAAUUGAAAAUUACCGAUUUUUUCUUAAUUGCAAUUGAGAUUACAAAGCCAAAAGUGAAAAAAAAUGGGAAACAAAGUGUAUACAUUCACCGAAGAACAACUGGAAGAUUAUCAAGAUUCCACGUAUUUUACACGUAAAGAAAUUUUGAGAAUUUAUAAAAGAUUUCGAGAAAUUGGAGGUACGGGAGUGGUUCCUGAAAUAUUGACCCCCUUGGAAGCUUCAUCUUUGCGAAUACCUUUCUCGACAUUGGAUAAAAUACCCGAAUUGAAGGAAAAUCCCUUCAGAGACCGUAUUUUGGAAGUCUUUACUACUCAUCAUCAUGGCCAAGAGCCUGGCAACUCAUCAAACGAGGGGAUUUGCUUCGAAGAAUUCCUGGAGAUGAUGUCAGUGUUUUCCGAUCAAGCACCUCGCGAUUUGAAAGUUCAUUACGCCUUUAAAAUUUACGAUUUCGAUGGCGAUGGACUAUUGGGACUUAAUGAUUUGGAAAAGACCUGCAAUCAAUUAGUUCGUGGUGGAUUAAGUUCCGAGGAAGUGGCAACAAUUUGUGAAAAAGUUUUAGAAGAAAGUGAUAUCGACAGUGAUGGUGCUUUAUCUUUUUUGGAAUUUGAAAAUGUCGUGACGAGAGCCGCAGAUUUUCUAUCGACAUUCCAAUUAAGAAUAUAAUAAUUCUACAAAACUAAAUCCUUUCAAUUAAUUACACUAAAAUUUAUAACACAAAAUACUAUCACAAAAAAAAAAAUUCAAAAUUUUGUUUUAAAUUUGUUCUCGAAAUUAUGUAAAUUGUAAACGGUGUUAGAUAUAUUAAUAUAGAUAUUAACAAUAAUAAUUAAUUUUUAUUAAUUAUUAAUAUAAAUAUUAAUAUAUCUAAUGUCAAACACUAUUAAUUUUAUUUAUUUAAUAAAAAAUUAUUCCAUAUUAAAAACGAUAAAGAAAAUCGUAUUUCGUCAAUAAUAAGCUCAUCUAUUCUUUCACUAAAAUUCACUUUUUAUUGGAUUUAAUAAGAAAAUAAAAAGUUGACGCCCAAAAAAAAAAUCGUCGAUUGUAAAAUAGAAAAGCGAAAAAACCGUUUACAAGUGUACAUUGUAAAAUCGACUUUAUAAAGCGAUCUGAAAUGUAAUAAAAUCUCUGAAAGCAUUA